GCUGCCGCCAGGCUGACUGAGCACAACACUGGGAUGCGGAUGGAGCUACUUGCAGGGGAAGGCCCCAGCCUUGAGGCUGGAACUGUGGCCCAAGCAGCCAGCACAGGGUCUGAGGCCAUGGAGACCGCCCCAGCCCGGCCACCCACCCUGUCCCCGGAGCAGAGUCCCAGGGAGAGGCUGGUGGAGCUUCACACCUCCUUCAGGGAGCUGCUCACUUUCUUCUGCACCAACACCACUAUUCACGGCACCAUCCGCCUGGUCUGCUCCAGCCCAAACCGGCUCAAGAAGGUGUCCUGGGGGCUGCUGCUCCUGGGCACCCUGGGGGUGCUUUACUGGCAGCUCGGGCUGCUGCUGGAACAGUACUGGCGCUACCCAGUCCUCAUGGCAGUGUCUGUUCACUCGGAGAGCAAGAUCUUCCCAUCCGUCACUGUGUGUGAUAUGAACCCACAACGGCCCAGGGCCCUCCGCCACCGUCUGGAGGCACUCGAUGCCUUUGCUCAGGAGAGUAUCUACUCACUCUACAAGUUCAACUUCAGCGAGGGCAGGGACAGCCCUUUCUCCAAUGUCCCUGGCCCUGAGCCACUAUUCCAGCUGGACUGUGGGAUCCGUCUGCAGCAGCUAAGGGACCUGGGCAGCCAGCACAAAGUGGGCUUCAGACUGUGCAACAGCACCGGUGGCGACUGCUUCUACCGCACCUACUCAUCAGGCGUGAAGGCUGCCCAAGAGUGGUACCACUUCCACUACAUGGACAUCCUGGGCCUGGUACCCACCGCUGGGGGGGACAGCCACCAAAGCCGCUUUGUCUUGUCUUGUCACUAUGACAGCGAGGACUGCCAGGCUCAGCACUUCCGGACCUGGCAUCACCCCACCUACGGCAGCUGCUACACCUUCGAGGGUGUCUUUGCCGCCCAGCGCCCGGGCGUCACCCACAAGAUCAGCCUGGUCCUCAGGACACAGACGCAAGUGGUGCUCCCCCUGCUGUCCACCGAGCCUGACAUCAAGGUCAUGAUUCACGGGCACAACCACACGCCCUUCCUGGAGCCCCGAGGCUUCAGCAUCCGGCCUGGGCUGGAGACCACCAUCGGCAUCCGAGAGGACGAAGUGCGCCGGCUGGGGAGCCCUUACGGCCGCUGCACGGAUGGCCCAGAGGGCGUGGACGUGCGGCUACUCUACAACUCCUCCUACACCCGGCAGGCCUGCCUAGUGUCCUGCUUUCAGCAGCUGAUGGUGGAGAACUGCUCCUGCGGCUACUUCCUGCACCCCCUGCCGGCAGGAGCUCAGUACUGCAGCUGCGCGCGGCACCCUGCCUGGGGUCACUGCUUCUAUCGUCUGCUCCAGGCCCUGGAAGCUCACCGGCUGUCCUGCGACUCCCGCUGCCCCAGGCCCUGCAGGGAGACUUCCUACAAGCUCUCCGCCACGACCUCCCGGUGGCCUUCCGCCAAGUCAGCUGACUGGAUCUUUGCUGUGCUGGAGGAGCAGACCCAGAGCCCAAGCCUAAGCCCAGGGCGCAGGUGGGCGCCCCCCUCUCCAGGGCGGUCCCGGACCCCCCGGAGCCACAUGGCCAAGGUGAACAUCUUCUACCAGGAGCUCAACUACCGAAUGGUGGAUGAGGCACCCGUGUACUCAGUGCCACAGCUGCUGUCCGCCAUGGGGAGCCUCUGGAGCCUGUGGUUCGGCUCCUCUGUCCUCUCCAUCGUAGAGCUGCUGGAACUACUGCUGGAUGCCACAGCUCUCACCCUGCUGCUGGGCUUCCGCCAGCUGUGGGGGACACAAGUGUCCCAGCCUGGAGCCAGCUCUGCUUCAGGGUCAGCCUGCACCUCGCCUGGGGCCAGGGACUCUAGGCCUCGAGUCCCUGUGGGGGCUCUGGAGAGGGUAUUGGUGGAAGAGUUAGGCUGAGCUCCCGCCCCCUGACUCCAUACCCCAACAGCCUUGCCAGGACAUCUAGUCCCUGGUCCUGGCCCUGGGGGCUGUGGCCCAGGGACGGCCCUGGCUGCCAAGGGUGGGCCAGACCAGCUGCCACAGGGUCUUCCCUGGCCACCCAACAGCUGAGAAAGUAGCAUGCCUGGCCAGCAGUCAGGCUGACACCAGGAGUGCCCAACAUGCCAGGGCCUCUCUUCGCCCACCCUGCCUGGGGUUGACCCCUCCAGUUUCCAGGAGGCUCAGGGCAGGGAGGAGGGGCGUCCCCACCUCUCUGUACACCUGUAUUCUGGAUGUGAACCUGGAGCCUUUGCAAGCGAGUGUGGACAGAGGCGCCUCCACCUGCUGGUGUAUGAUUGGUGUCUCGUCUAUGUGUGUUCUCAAGGAAGUUGGCUCUGUAUGUACACCUGUGUGUAGGUAGGAGUGUCAGGUAGAGCCUGCCUCAGUCUCAGGGAAGCCUCUGGGCAGGCAGGAGGGAAUGAGUGGCGAUCCCAACUCAUCCAGUGACUCCGGACUGCUCUGUAAUAAAACUGCUAA